CUGGUUGCAGCUGCAGAACCCAGAUCACAUAACUGGCCGGGAUGCAUUGGACCAUCAGCGACAUAAAGCUGAACUGGCGUUUCGAUGUAUCUGAGUCUGCCCACUGCGCGCCACAUGCGUAAUAACGCACGAUGCCCCUGAGUUGUAACAGUUUUCAUGUGAAUCUGUUGGCGGAGAGAGAACAUCACACGUUCUUCACACCAACGCUGCCACAUCUGCGCGUCUGUGUCCCCGCUGGACAGCUCUCAACACGUCCAUGGAUAAAAAGCACCACCAGGCACCAGGAUGGUUGUUGUUGGAGCGAGUAACGGAACUUUUUCAGCUGACAACUUGAGGUCUGCGUUCAUGAUCGAGGAUAAGGUCGGCGGAGGGGACCCGGGCUUCUCCACCAGCAUGAUGAUCUCUGAAGCUCUGGCGCCUAAGCUGCUAAAAAUUGCGCAGGACGCCGCAGAGGCUGCGGCAGCGGCGGCGGCAGCGGCCACUUCUCCGUCCUCCUCCAGUCAGCCGCAGGUCAUGGAGACGAACGGGACGCGCUGUGGGGAGCAGAUACUGAGCUACGGGCGGGUGGAGAAGGUCCUGAUCGGCGGGGUGCUCACCAUGCUGACGCUGUCCACCAUCUGCGGGAACCUGCUGGUGGUCAUCUCGGUGUGCUUCGUGAAGAAGCUGCGCCAGCCUUCCAACUACCUGAUCGUGUCUCUGGCCCUGGCGGACCUGUCCGUGGCGCUGGCCGUGAUGCCGUUCGUCAGCAUCACGGACCUGAUCGGCGGUCAGUGGAUCUUUGGGCAGUUUUUCUGCAACGUUUUUAUCGCCAUGGAUGUGAUGUGCUGCACCGCGUCCAUCAUGACUCUGUGCGUAAUCAGCAUCGACAGGUACCUUGGCAUCACUAAACCUCUGACGUAUCCUGUUCGCCAGAACGGCUGCUGCAUGGCCAAGAUGAUCCUAUCAGUGUGGCUCCUCUCUGCCUCCAUCACCCUGCCCCCGCUCUUCGGCUGGGCACAGAAUGUCAACGAUGGCAGAGUUUGCCUCAUCAGCCAAGACUUUGGCUACACCGUCUACUCUACGGCCGUGGCCUUCUACAUCCCCAUGUCGGUCAUGUUGAUCAUGUACUACAGGAUCUACAGAGCGGCUAAACUCAGCGCAGCCAAACACACCAUCACCGGCUUCCCCAGGGAAGGAGAGCACCGCGCAGGGGCGGCCCACCGAGGGGGGAGAGCGGUGCACGAGCCCCGGCAGCCCUCAGAGUCAGGAGAAACGGGAAGCGUUGAGGCAACGGAGACGGAGCAUUGUGAGGAGGAGGAGGAGGCGGAGGAGGAGGAGAGCCUGGACUGUGUGGCAGCAGCGUUGAAGCUGCAGCGGGAGGUGGAGGAGGAGUGCAGCAGCCGCGUCUCCCGCCUUCUCAAGAGCACCGAGCAUCACCAGCGGCGGAAAAGGAAGAACCAGUCCAUCUUUAAGCGGGAGCAGAAAGCGGCGGCCACUCUGGGCAUCGUGGUCGGCGCGUUCACCUUCUGCUGGCUGCCGUUCUUCCUGGUGUCCACGGCCAGACCGUUUGUCUGCGGCGUGGAGUGCAGCUGCGUGCCGCUCUGGUUGGAGAGGACUCUGCUUUGGCUCGGGUAUGCCAACUCGCUCAUCAAUCCCUUCAUUUACGCAUUUUUCAACCGCGACCUAAGGACCACCUACAGCAACCUGCUGCGCUGCCGCUACAGGAACAUCAACCGGAAGCUGUCAGCGGCUGGCAUGCAUGAGGCUUUAAAGCUGGUGGAGAAGCCAGACACUGACGCUUGAAGCGGCGCCGCUGCCAAUUAGCAGAGCUGCAAAAACAUCCAGAGGGCCUCUUAGGAUGGGACAAAACCUAGCCUGCCACACUGAUUAUUUUCUCCAUAUGUGUGAUGGUUGCUGAAGCGAGAGGAGAAGGGAAAAUGAUGGAUGCAAAUGAUGGUGCACUUAGGAAAUUAAGAUAUUUUCCUUAAAAAUAAAGGAUAAUUAAGGAUGUUUGUAAAGAUAAAUAGUACAGCUGACUGAAUUUUGUUACUUUGGCCGCUGUCUGCACAAAGCUGGCUUCAUACUCUUCUGUCUGAAUGGAUGAAAAUCCACCAACUCACUUCCUGCUGCCUUUUAUUUUCAGUUUGAGCCACGGAGAACAAAACAAGGCAGCAACGCCAAGUCUGUUCAGGUUUUUCGUUCUCUCUUGGUCUUUUCACAGCACAACCAAUGCCAGGAUGUAAACAGUAAAUAUGUAAAGAGUAUAAAUAAUGUACAGAUUCAUGUUCCUGCUGUUUCUGUUCUGAUCCGGUAAUCAAGACUGGAGCUGCUCAUUUGUCGCUGUGCUUAUCAUAUAUUCCUGUACGGUUUGUUGAAAGGUUCUGCAUAUAUAAGACUGAUGAUCUUUGUGACUGGCAGCUCUCUUAUGUACAAUGACCUACUUAUUUAUUGUGAAUUAUUAACACAGCCCUAUAAAGUCAGUGUUAAUAUAUGAAACAGAAAUGUGAUGUUUUCAGAAACCUUCUGAACGUGACUGUGCCUUUUCCUGCUUUGUUCCACAUACUUUGGUUGCAGAGCACAACAAGCUCAUUUGAACUGGCUGUGUUUGCUGAGCUUUACGGUAGAAGAAAACAUUUAGUUGUUGACAGGAUUGUUUAUGUGUUUCUCCUCCUAAAGUAUUUAAAAACUGACUAAAGCCUGGUUAAUGCUCAGAAACCAGGUCAUCAGGUCUGUGUCGCAGUUAACUCAGACAGUGGUGCAGACAUGGAGGCCUCUGAUUGGUCAAAUCUACAUCCGCUCUACUCUAUGCGUAUUUCCUGUUUGGUACCUAAUGGUAGGAAACUCUGGCUGUAGUGCCGUCCACAACACCUGGCACCACUUGGACAUUAACCCAGACACUGUGCAGGACGCUAGUUUGUAGUCAGUUGGUUUGCACCUGAGGCCAAACACGCAGCGCCACGGCCAGUCUUUGGGGAACACUCACGGGUGAACUGUGUGCCAUCCGGCGUCGGAUGAGGGGCUGUAGACAGUGAACAAGCUCGUCAAACCGACACACAGACACCCUCAAUCCUAGCUAGACACUCAGCUAGUUCCUGAUUGUCCCUCUUGCGUUGUGGCGUGGAAUAGCAUAGCGGAGACCACGCUUCAAUAUUGGGUAUAAAUCAAAAAUACCUCCAUCAUACCUGCGACAAGCUAACUGCGACACACUGCUGUGAGAGUGUAACCAGCCCUUGAGGAAUAGUGUUUGUUAAUGCAUCAUAAAAGGCUUUUAAACAUUUAGAAACAAUCAGGAGCUUUUUUCCAUGAAUAAAAGUAGUAUUUUGGUUAAAAUGCAGAUAUAAUCUGUUCAAAGCUCCAUAGUUCACAUUAACCUGACUCCUCCAGAUGGAUUUGCUCCGCAUAUCCAUCUGGAAACCUUCCGUUGAAGUAAUUUUGGGAAGGGGCGAAAAUACUGG